UUCUCUCUCUCUCUAUACCCAGAAUGCACAGUCUAGAGAGGCUCUCCAGUUAACACAGGCUCAUUCUUUGCAGGAGUGGUCCUGGGAUUAUUGAGUCCUCAUUUGCACACACACAGAGAGAGAGAGAGAGAGAAGGAGAGAGAGAAGGAGAGAAGAAGAGAAGAGGAGGAGAGAAUGGCAGCAUCUGAGCUCUUCACCAAGUUUGCCAGGGUCUGGAUCCCUGAUGUGGAGGAUGUCUGGCAAUCUGCGGAGCUCCUGAAGGACUACAAGGCAGGAGACAAAGUGCUUCAACUGAGAUUGGACGAUGGCAGGGACACGGAAUACAAAAUUGAUCCAAAAACCAAGGAGUUGCCGCCUCUCCGGAACCCUGACAUCCUGGUGGGUGAAAAUGACCUCACGGCCCUCAGCUACCUGCACGAACCCGCGAUUCUGCAUAACCUCAAAGUGCGUUUCAUGGACUCCAAGCUCAUCUACACCUACUGCGGGAUCGUUCUGGUGGCCAUCAACCCUUACGAGCAGCUGCCAAUUUAUGGUGAAGACAUCAUCAAUGCCUACAGCGGGCAGAACAUGGGGGACAUGGACCCGCAUAUCUUUGCUGUGGCUGAAGAGGCUUACAAGCAAAUGGCCAGGGACCAGAGGAAUCAAUCUAUCAUUGUGAGCGGCGAGUCUGGAGCAGGGAAGACUGUGUCAGCUAAAUACGCCAUGCGAUACUUUGCUACAGUGAGUGGUUCAGCCAGCGAGGCAAACAUCGAAGAGAAGGUCCUGGCCUCCAACCCCAUCAUGGAGUCUAUUGGAAACGCCAAAACAACCAGGAACGAUAACAGCAGCCGUUUUGGGAAGUAUAUUGAAAUUGGGUUUGACAAGAGAUAUCGAAUCAUAGGUGCCAACAUGAGGACUUACCUGUUAGAAAAAUCCAGAGUUGUUUUCCAGGCUGAGGAUGAGAGAAACUACCACAUCCUCUACCAGCUGUGUGCCUCGAAACACUUGCCAGAAUUCAAAGACCUGCACCUAGGUAACGCCCAGGACUUUCACUACACAAACCAAGGAGGCAAACCCAUGAUUGAAGGAAUAGAUGAUGCAGUUGAACUGAGGGCCACAAGGCAAGCUUGCACUUUAUUAGGUAUUGGCGAAUCCAAGCAGAUUGGUGUAUUUCACAUCCUGGCUGCCAUUCUUCACCUGGGAAACGUGGAAAUCAAAUCCACCGAUCGGGACUCCGACAACUGCUUUGUCCCCCCUAAAAAUCGCCAUCUUAUUAUCUUCUGUGAUCUGCUGGGAGUGGAUUGUGAACAGAUGUCUCACUGGCUCUGCCACAGAAAGAUCAUCACCGGCUCCGAGACCUACAUCAAGCCAAUGCCCAAACUUCAGGCCAUCAAUGCCAGGGAUGCUCUGGCCAAGCACAUUUAUGCCAAUCUCUUCAAUUGGAUUGUCAGCCAUGUCAAUAAAGCCCUGUAUUCAUCAAUAAAGCAACACUGGUUCAUUGGAGUGCUGGAUAUUUACGGGUUUGAGACCUUUGAAAUUAACAGCUUUGAACAGUUUUGCAUCAAUUAUGCCAAUGAGAAAUUACAGCAGCAGUUCAACAUGCACGUCUUCAAGCUAGAACAGGAAGAGUACAUGAAAGAGCAAAUCCCAUGGACCCUGAUAGACUUUUAUGACAACCAGCCUUGCAUCAACCUGAUUGAGGCCAAACUAGGCAUUCUGGAUCUGCUGGACGAGGAGUGUAAGAUGCCCAGAGGAUCUGACGACUCGUGGGCCCAGAAAUUGUACAACACUCACUUGAACAAGAGCGCACUCUUUAAGAAACCGCGCAUGUCAAACAAAGCCUUCAUCAUCCAGCACUUUGCUGACAAGGUGGAGUACCAAUGCGACGGAUUUCUGGAGAAGAACAAAGACACUGUGUACGAAGAACAAAUUACUGUGCUCAAGACAAGCAAGAAGUUCAGCCUCAUCAUGGAGCUCUUCCAACUCGAGGAGCCAGUCAUCAGCCCGACUGGAGGAAGGCCCCCCGUUGCCAGAGCGACCGUCAAAUCCGCCAAACCCAGAGCCCUGCAACCGAGCAAAGAGCACAAGAAAUCGGUGGGACAUCAGUUUCGUAACUCCCUUCACCUGCUGAUGGAUACCCUCAAUGCUACAACCCCUCACUACGUGCGAUGCAUUAAACCCAAUGACUACAAGUCUCCUUUCACGUUUGAUCCCAAGCGAGCAGUGCAGCAGCUUCGAGCCUGUGGUGUACUGGAGACCAUCAGGAUAAGUGCUGCUGGCUUCCCAUCGAGGUGGACGUAUCAGGAGUUCUUCAGUCGCUACCGGGUCCUCAUGAAGCAAAAAGAUGUUCUAAACGACAAAAAGCAGACCUGCCGAAACGUCUUGGAAAAACUGAUAAAGGAUCAGGACAAGUACCAGUUCGGGAAGACAAAGAUUUUCUUCCGGGCGGGGCAGGUGGCUUACCUGGAGAAGAUCCGAGCGGACAAGCUGCGGGCCGCCUGCAUCCGCAUCCAGAAGACCAUCCGCAGCUGGCUUCAGAGGAAGAAGUUCCUGCGUAUGAAGAGGGCAGCCAUCACCAUCCAGAGAUACGUCCGGGGCUAUCAGGCCAGAUGCUAUGCUCAGUUCCUGCGCAGGACCAAAGCGGCCGUCACCAUCCAGAAAUACCAGCGCAAGCACGCAGCUCGGAAACGCUACCUGCACGUCCGGGCCGCGACCAUCGUCAUCCAGUCUUUUGUCCGCGGUUACCGAGGGAGGCGACUGUUCAGAGGAGUUCUGCGUGAGCAGAAAGCCACGGUUAUUCAGAAGCAGGUGCGGGGCUGGUUGGCGAAGCUGAGGUACAGGCGGACGCACGCGGCCAUCAUCUACCUGCAGUGCUGUUACCGCCGCAUGAUGGCCAAGCGGGAGCUGAAAAAGCUGAAGAUCGAGGCCAGGUCCGUGGAGCACUACAAGACCCUCAACAUAGGCAUGGAGAACAAGAUCAUGCAGCUGCAGUGCAAACUCAACGAUCAGAACAAAGAGGUCAAGGCCAUGGUCGAAAAACUGACCUCUCUGGAGACCAGCUCCACCAACGAGAAGGAGAAGCUGCGGUCCGAGGUGGAGCGACUGCGAGUCAAUGAAGAGGAGGUCAAGGUGGCCUCCAACAAGGUCAUCAGCUUACAGGAGGAGAUUGUCAUACUCCGCAAGGACCUCAAGGAAACCCAACGCCAGAAGAAACAGCUGCAAGAACACACGGAUAAAUACAAACAGGAGACUGAAGUGAUGGUUUCCAAGCUGAACGAGCAGAAUGUGCUACUGAAGAAUGAGAAGGAUGAUCUGAACCGGCUAAUCCAGGAACAGGCCAAAGAGAUGACAGAGACCAUGGAGAAGAGAAUAGAAGAAGAGACCAAACAGCUCGAGUUUGACCUCAAUGAUGAAAGGUCGAGGUACCAGUCUCUGCUGAACGAGUUCUGCCGUCUGGAGGAACGCUACGACAACCUGAAAGAGGACAUGUCACUGAUGAGCGCCCCGAAGCCCGGCCACAGAAGGACGGACUCGACCCACAGCAGCAACGAGUCGGAAUACACCUACAACUCUCUGCUGUCAUUGGAGGCCGGAGAAUCCGAGGAAACCACCAGGAGAACCGAGGAAUUUGCUGAGCAGAAGGGAGCCUUGGACAUGUCCCUCUUCCUAAAGCUGCAAAAGCGCGUCACCGAGCUGGAGCAGGAGAAACAGUCGUUACAGGAAGAGCUGGACGGCAAAGAGGAGCAGGUGCUGAGAAGCAAAGCCAAGGAGGCAGAGGAACAAAUGUUAAAGGCUAGGGGAGUGGAACUGGAGUACGAAUCCCUCAAGCGGCAAGAACUGGAGUCCGAGAAUAAAAAGUUAAAGAAUGAUCUGAACGAACUGCACAAAGCUCUGACUGAGAAGCCCACGCCUGGUGUCACGGCCCCUGGCUCGCCCGCCUACAGAGUCCUCAUGGAGCAACUGAAUUCAUCCAAUGAGGAGCUGGAGGUCCGUAAGGAGGAGGUCCUCAUCCUGAGGUCUCAGCUUGUCAGCCAGAAAGAAGCCGUCCGGCCCAAGGAGAACAAGGAGGUUAUGACGGAGCCAAUGCUCUUCAUGGAAGACGUGCACAAGAUGAAGGAUCAAGGUGAAAUAACCCAGGCGUACAUUGGACUCAAGGAAACCAACAGGUUGCUGGAAAAUCAGCUUCAGGGCCAGAAGAAGAAUUAUGAGAACGAGAUGGAGAUCUUGCGGGGUGAGAUCCAGACUCUCAAGGAAGAGAUAAAUCGACAGCAGCAGCUGUUGGCUCAGAACUUGCAGCUCCCACCCGAGGCUCGAAUCGAGGCCAGUCUGCAACACGAGAUCACCAGGUUAACCAACGAGAACCUCUAUUAUGAGGAGUUAUAUGCAGAUGACCCCAUGAAGUAUCAGUUCUACAGGAUUUCGCUUUACAAACGGAUUAUAGAUCUUAUGGAACAGCUGGAGAAGCAGGACAAGACAGUGAGGAAGCUAAAAAAGCAGCUUAAGGUGUUUGCAAAGAAAAUUGGUGAAUUGGAAGUGGGCCAGACGGAGAACGUGUCCCCAGCUCAGAUUGUGGACGAGCCUAUCCGCCCGGUCAAUAUUCCAAGGAAAGAGAAGGAUUUCCAGGGAAUGCUGGAAUACAAGAAGGACGACGAGCUGAAGCUCAUCAAGAACCUUAUUCUCGAGCUAAAGCCUCGUGGUGUGGCCGUCAACCUGAUCCCAGGACUGCCUGCGUACAUCAUGUUUAUGUGCGUCCGUCACGCUGAUUAUGUUAACGAUGAUCAGAAGGUGCGAUCCUUGCUGACGUCAACUAUCAACGGCAUCAAGAAAGUCCUGAAGAAACGAAGUGACGAUGUUGAAAUUGUAUCGUUCUGGUUGUCCAAUACUUGUCGGUUUUUGCAUUGCCUGAAGCAGUACAGCGGGGAAGAGGCAUUCAUGAAGCACAAUACUACUCGACAGAAUGAUCAUUGCUUGAGAAACUUUGACCUUGCUGAAUACAGGCAGGUCAUCAGCGAUUUAGCUAUUCAGAUCUACCAGCAACUUACCAAGGUCAAGGAGAAUAUCCUGCAGCCAAUGAUAGUUUCAGGUAUGUUGGAACAUGAGACUAUCCAGGGAGUGUCCGGUCUAAAGCCCACAGGCCUGCGUAAGAGGACUUCCAGCAUUGCUGAUGAAGGGACCUAUACUCUGGAUUCCAUUGUUCGGCAGCUGAAUAAUUUCCAUUCCAUAAUGUGUCAACAUGGCAUGGAUCCAGAGCUCAUCAAACAGAUUGUCAAACAGAUGUUCUACAUAAUAGGUUCGGUCACCCUUAACAAUCUGCUUCUUCGCAAGGACAUGUGUUCGUGGAGCAAAGGGAUGCAGAUUAGAUACAAUGUUAGUCAACUCGAGGAGUGGCUGAGAGACAAGAAUUUGCAGAACAGCGGUGCUAAGGAAACUCUCGAACCCUUAAUCCAGGCCGCACAGCUCCUGCAGGUGAAAAAGAAGACAGAUGAGGAUGCGGAGGCCAUUUGUUCAAUGUGCAAUGCUCUCACCACAGCGCAGAUUGUGAAAGUCCUAAACUUGUACACUCCCGUUAAUGAAUUUGAAGAGCGUGUAACUGCUUCAUUCAUACGUAACAUUCAGGUGCGUUUGCAAAACAGAAAAGACUCUCCCCAGCUGCUAAUGGACGCGAAACACAUAUUCCCAGUUACGUUCCCCUUCAAUCCCUCUUCUCUGGCGCUGGAAACCAUUCAGAUUCCAAGCAGCAUGAACCUUGGGUUUCUGUCGCGUGUCUGAGGGAUGGCUAACCUCGCUGAAGAUGCUCCAUUGGUCAGAAAGCCACAGCUUUCCUUCCUUCCCACCCCACUUCAUCCACUACAUCCUGAUAGAAUAAGGUUAAAGUACCUGCAUCGUAAAGGAAUGUACACUGAAAGCAAAGAACGAUGAACAUUUUCAUAGCGCACCCGUUAAAUAGCCGAUGUCUACCUGCUAGAGAAAAUAUACUUUGAAUUCAACAUCUGUAAAUUAGGGAAUGUGUCAUUCUUUAAUUGUUAGGAAUCCGAAUUGUGGGGAAAUACAACUACCAUAUAUAUUGCCAUUCGUCUAAGACAGUAUCUAUUUAAGUCACUAUCAUACAAAUGAUGUAGAAUACAAAAUGUCUGUUAAAGAGUAUAGCGUAGAGAUUAAGUUGAUAGCAUCGAUGUUUAAUUACCUAGCAGAUUAUGAAGUAUUAUCUUGUCCACUGUCAGAAAUAUUACAGAACAGCAUCUCAUUUAGUCACUGCACUGUAUAGUGUUAAGAGAUAGUACUAACAAAACAGAUGCGCCAAACUUUGCACCUGUUUUCUUUUUCCUCUCUCUCUUGAAAUUAUUUUAAACUGGAUUUGUGCAAGUAAUCACGAGUUACAAAACUGACUGACUGACUUAAAAGCACAAAAGCACACCGAAGGAGAGCAACGUGCCACAAUCUCUCGGAGAGGCCGUGAAGCUAUUUUGGCUCAAGGUAUAAAAACACACACAGGUGGUUGCGACUGAACAAACAUUUUUUUUCAGUAUUUUAGGGGAUAAAGAAAAUGCUCCUCGUAAAAACGAAAACAAUAUAUAAUGCAGGAAUUGCUUAACUAUUACAAUUGUUUGGUACUGUGUAUAUUAGGGUAAAAGGGGACUGUGCUGAAAGAAGAGUAGAAUAUUUUUUCCUUUUCCCCUUGCCAACAACCCCACACCCCCACCCCCCCCCCGAUUAGCAGUUAGACCUUAGUGCUGAGCACCAUAGAAGCAGGUUUCAUUUGCGUUGCAAUGAUUUGGGAUGCUGGCAUCACUUUCAACCCCCACCCCUCUUCCCCAACCCCCUCCCCAUUCUCUGCCAAACAACAAGCUGUGUACGUUGCAAUGUACCAUCAAUAUUUCAAUUCUAUUUGCCCUGGAAGUUCUUGGAUUGGAUGUGUCCAAUUUCAGGGACUGUAGUUCGCUGUUUGACUGGAAAAACAGAGCUGAUGCUCGGUUUUUUUUCUAUUCCCUUCAGGGAGGCCAUCAAUCAUACAGGUUUUUGCACCCUUCGUUGUUUACAUAUUUAAAAGUUGUUUUUAGAAGAAAACGACCAAUUAUCCUAUUUUAACAAAUUUCCUUUUUUCAGACGGCUAGUUUACAUAUCUUAAGUAUCAUCGGUGCCUAUUUAUGGUCAUAUUGGAAUAUCCAGUACAUCGAUCUAAAGAUGUGGUAUUUCUGGCUCCCGUUAAGAGUGACCCCUAAAUAAGCUACUGUGUAGAUUUACGUACACAACUGUGCAUAACAUCCAAUUAGCCUGUUGCCUAAAAAAAAAACUGUUGGGUAAGGUUUUAAUAGAAUUACUGCAGAAUCCAUGAUGCCUUCCUUGCCUAGUUUUUUUUUUGUUGGCGUUUUUGUAAAUUCCAUCGUUUUAAACUGUCUUAAAAUAUAUAACGUUCCCCAAAGCCUUACCUUACCUUACCCACCAAUCGGAUGUUUGAUUCGUUUGCCCAUCUCCAAAUAAAUGGAGUGAAAACAUGCUUCUGCUAUCUCAAGGCAUGUUCCUUUUGUGAAGGGUGCAAAUGUCGUAGGCAGAAAUGCGUUUAGUUGUCAAAGAAAGAUUGUCAUCGGAAACUCAAUGUAACGAGCCACCUCCAUAACAUACCGCAGUUUUCCUCUGUUUCCUUCAGCAAUAUUUGUUUUUGUUUUGGAAAGUUAAACGAAGAAGACAAAAGAGGUAGGUACAGAAAACGAGAACGUUAUGAAUCUUUUGACACGCAGAACAAAAUAAAGUCAAGUUGCCCAUGCAGCUAUCGAUAAAGUCCCGAAGGCAAUCUUCCUCUUUAUGCACUUUAGUUUUAUCAUUUACUCGUGUGAACAUAUUGUGCUACAUAUCCUUCUUAGACUGUCGUUUCCAUUUUUUUGUAUCACAAAAAGUUGCAAGACACCAGUACUUCACUAGUAAUUAAUGUUAAGAAACUUGACGUAUUUAAAAUGUCAACAAGAAUGGUCACUUGAAAACAGACCUGUUGCUGCAUUGGAUGGGUCAUUUGAUAUUGACCGUGGAUGACUACUUAUGUACUUAAGGAGCUAGCAAACAAGUACGGCAAAGAUGGUGUACAAAUAAAGUUGAAAGCACUGUAGCAUUUCCUGUUUGUUGUAAUUGGUAAAUGUGUGCAUCAUGGCAAAUGUAUAUUGAGUUAGGUACUAAGGUAAUAUCCAACUUGUAAAAACAAAUAAAAAAUGUCAAAGA